UGGAAAUGGAGACUGUUACUGUAAGCGUCUGAGGUGCACAGAUUUUUUUCUCUCCCUGUCCUCGUAUACAAUCCAGUCAUUAGCUGGAGAUUACAUAGUUCAAUAUAUUACCAGAAUCAUUCAUCCACACACGAUAAAAGAGAUACAAGAAAAAGCUAAAAUAGUGUAAAAUAAACAUGUAAUAAUUAAUAUUGAUAUUUUAUUGAGUUAGAAUCAAAAAUUUGGGCUCUCCAACUGAAUUUAUUCUUCACAUGCAUCUCUGAAUAUACAGUAUAAAUAUUUUAACUACUACCAUUUACAUAAUUGUACACACACUUUUGAAAAAACUACUAUAAUGAUACAUCUGGCAUGAAUCAGGCUUAGCAAGUUGAUAGGGAUUGAUAAUACUAAGCAACAGUGGAAGUCAUUCAUAAAAUUUUUUGAAUGUGUCAGUGAAGUUUCUGUUGAAGUUCCCUUUUUACAGCAAACAAACACAAAGACACAAAUCCCUCUCACAAGUCUCCAGUAGCCACAUGUCUUAUACACUGAAUGGGUGAACGACAGCAGGCUGAUACAGCUCCCACCCACACAGCAGUUCACACGUAGACCUAUUAGUCAUUUUUAGAAACCCCCCGACUCAGAACCUGCAUGUGUUUAAAUUCCAAAUUGCAAAUACAGUGUGAAACCUGUCACCUCUGUCUCAUACAGUCUGCUGUCUAUACCAUGAUGUACACGCACUCUUGUGCAAUCGUGGGCCUCCAUCAGCUCACGUACACACACGUUGACUUUCACUGGCACACUGAGAGCACAUCAAUGUGGCCGUGUCAGAACGGCAAGAGGAAGUGUGGCCCUAUAUAUCACUGAUGUGCCUGCUCUACGCACAAUCUGUGGCUUCAGGUGCCGUAUCCUGUUCCUGUGAGGGGCAAGUUUCACACAAAGCUAUAAGCUGACACUUCAGUUUGAUGGGUGGGGAGGCACUACUGACCAAAAGAUGUGUAUAAUGCGCCUUUGGACCAGCUCUCACUGAAAGUUAGAAAUUCUUAAAUUUCAGUGAAGUGGAAGGAUGGAGUUAAAAUCAGCCAGGUUACUCCCUCCAUAAAUAUUACAAGGUGAGAUAGUAUCUGACCUGUGAUCAGUGGCUGUGUGUGUGUUCGAGCAGUGUGUGUGUGUGUGUGUCUGCUUGCCCUUGUGUGUGAGAGUGUGAGCUACUCCAUGGCUGCAGCCCAAGAGUAUCCUGUCAACAGGAACUCCUGGAUUUGAUAUGCACCCGCCUCUGGCCACAGAAGGAAACUGAUUUGUUUGUAGUGUGUGUUCAGUGGUUAUCUCUGCUCUCACUCACAGAUGUGCUCAGAGGUUCCAAAAAUUGAUCUGUACCCAAACUGUUAAAAAAAGAGGACAUUUACCUCCUCCGGAUGAGUGUAGUGUUGACAUAGGCUCUAGCAUUGAGAUGCUUAAAAAAACGUGUAUAUGUUUAUGCUGUUACUAAAAUAGGAAGAAUAGGCGUUUACUAAAAUGUAAGUGUUUUUCUUUACAUGCUAAGACCAUGACACCAUGUCACGCUGUGGAGUUCAAUGGAGAACCUCACUUAACCUGUGGAGUUUGAUGUCGUUAAGAAUACUGCAGAACAGGUUCGAGAAGUUUGUCAGGUGAGGUUUUUCCUUGUUGACGAGAAAAAAAUAACCGAGGUUGCCAAAUCCCUCUUCGUCGUCACUACACCAAUGAGAAACCAGAGAAUGUAGUGGAAAAACAGUGACGUUUCCUUCAAGAUAACUGCGUGUUUUGUUGUUUGAUUAACUAUGGUCCUAUUUUGGAUUUAGCCCAAUUGACUGUUAAUUGGUGAUCAGUUGUUCAAAAAACAAUAAUCAUGAACUGCCCAGUGAGUAAUUUAUGAUUUGCCCUAUUAGAUCAACAGAAAUCUGUCAGUGGAAAGUGUUGUUUUGUUGUGAGGCCACGCAGUUUAAGUAGUUAGUGGCGUUGAAAUGCUGCUCUCUCUCUCCUUCUCUCUCUCUCUCUCUUCUAGUUCACGGGGCUCAACUUGCAAUCAAGGAGGAGCCGAGAGUCCUCCGGGGUUUCUCCUGGAACCUGCUCCUCAAAUAUAAAGCGCUCCCCCCAUCCACCAGGAAAGACUGAAUCAUAACUCACAAGGAGGAGCCGCUGCCUGAACACAUCUGUGUUUUCUCCCCAAACCUGCACUGACAUCUGACUGCAGCCUGUAGCUCUAGUGAUCUCGCUGGAUUUUUUUCUUUAAAAAAAAAAAAAGAAGAAGCAAUUUCUAUAUGUUUUCAGCGCCUUGAUUAGCCCAUAGAGUGUACUCAGAGCGAGAACACACAACUUGUCAAAGAGAGAGCGAGAAGCGCAUCUUAAGUUUGGAGAGGAGAGAGCGCGCAGAUGGCAGCCCUCAUCAGCGCGUACUCGUCGUGGCCGGAGUCCUUCGAGUGUCCUCCAGGAGACGGGGACGUGCCCGAUGGACACGGCCCGCACAGGACCCCCGUGGACAAGGCGCCGGAGCCGCGGAUCAGACGGCCCAUGAAUGCGUUCAUGGUCUGGGCCAAAGAUGAGCGCAAACGGCUGGCGGUUCAAAAUCCAGAUCUGCACAAUGCCGAACUCAGCAAGAUGUUGGGCAAGUCAUGGAAGGCCCUGACUCCCCCUCAGAAGAGGCCCUAUGUGGAGGAAGCAGAGAGGCUUCGGGUGCAGCACAUGCAGGACUACCCCAACUAUAAGUACCGUCCUCGCCGGAAGAAACAGCUGAAACGCAUCUGCAAGCGCGUGGACCCUGGCUUCCUCCUGAGCGGACUGGCUCCUGAUCAGAAUGCCCUGCCUGACCAACGGGCCCUCUGUCAUUCCCUUGACAAAGACGAGGGCAGCUCUAAUGGUGUGGGCGGUGGCUUUUCCAGCCCCAGCCCUGCUCUGCCCAGCGUCCGAAGCUUCAGAGACCCUGCCGGCUCCAACAGCAGCUUCGACACCUACCCCUACGGCCUGCCCACUCCUCCUGAGAUGUCCCCCUUAGAUGCCAUGGACCACGAGCAUGUACCCCCCUCUUAUUACUCCACGUCUGGAAGUUCCUCCGUCUCCUGCUCCCCAGAUGAGCACCACCAGAAUGGCAUGGGCAGCCCGCCCCCUUACCACACUGACUACACUCAGACCCAAAUCCACUGUGGGGGCGCACACAUAGGUCACAUCCCUCACAUGUCCCAAACUGGUGGCAGCAGCGGAGGACUGAUCCCCGGCCCUCCUCUGUCUUACUACAGUACCUCAUCUUUCCCCCAGAUUCACCAUGGGCUCCACCAGGGCCAUCUGGGUCAACUGUCCCCCCCACCAGAGACACAGGGUCACCUGGAGACUCUAGACCAGCUGAGCCAGGCUGAACUACUGGGUGAGGUGGACCGCAAUGAGUUUGACCAGUACCUGAACUCCACCGGGACCGGGUUCCACCCUGAGCAUGGCAGCAGCAUGACUGUUACGGGACACAUCCAGGUGGCGUCUGCCGCCACUGCUUCUGCCACAGCGUGUCCCAGUAGCACCACAGAAACCAGCCUCAUCUCCGUGCUGGCGGACGCAACGGCGGCCUACUACAACAACUAUGGCAUCUCGUAAGCUUGGUUGCAGCUCCCAUUACACUUGUGACUGAUCAGAGACACUACAGGGUUUAAGAUGGGUGAAGUCGAGUUGGGGUGAUGUUGCACUUGGGUGCUAAUAAGAGACAUAUUUCUAUGUUUCCAUUGAAGAAAUCUCCCCUGAGUAGCAUCUUCAUCCCAUCACGAUUAAAACCUGAACUGAUUACUGAGCAAUAUGAUUGUCUGGAGCCGAGGGAAGAACAAAGAGCAAUCGGAGGAAUGUGAAGAAAGGGAGAUGGACACCUCAGGGAUGCAGACACAAAACACUAUAUAGUAUGCCACCUCCAGUUGUCAUGAAAUUUCCAAACCAGAAGAACAAUCGUGAAAAAGACUUCUUGUCCACUUGUAAAUGUCACCAGUUACUGUUGCCACUGAGGCGUGUACAGAUGCUCAUUAGAAGCUAAUUUAAGUCCUUUGAUGUUUCGCAUAAAUUCUAACUGUAAUGCUACUAUCGACGCUUUCCAUUCGAAUGUUUGUAUUAUCAUGUUCUUGCUCUCAUUAGUUUGGGAGUCUUACCUCAGUAGUUGUAAUUGAAUGAGGUUUUAGUUGGACAUUUCUUAUGCAAUUUAACAAAGACGUUGUAUAAUGAAGAAAAAAGGCGUUUAUACUUCUUAUCAAGUACUUAAUAAUAUAUAAUCAUAACCUCUACAAUGAAAAAUAAUAAUGGUAAGUAUAACUGUAUGCUGAUUUAGGUUUGUGAAAGACAAUAAUUUAAAAUAAAGUGAAAUUUUUAUAUUAAA